GUCAUCAACUUCACAUCUCACGGCUGCAAGAUGGCGGGCCCCAAGAAGUGGCUCGCAAGUCGAGCCCAUCCCGACGCUGGGUACCCGACCAGAAUAACGACCAACCUCUGGUCGUUGGAUUUCGGCACACUGACUGGCCCGGAGGCCACGAACAUCAACAAGACAGUCACUACUUGCUUAGGUUUCAGUUAGUGAUACAUGGCUUCUAU